AAAAGACAAGCUUCUGGGUAACCGGUUUGGAAAGUCAUAUUAGUAAUCAUGGUGUUAGAAGAUAUUCCUCUACACUGGGGCGACGUUUGUGUUAUUGUUGGAUAUUUCCUUUGUGUCCUCGGUGUCGGUUUGUGGUCUUCCAAGAACAGCAAUCGGAACAGCAUCAGUGGCUACUUUCUGGCCAGCAGAAAUAUGCAUUGGAUCCCCGUGGGAGCUUCUUUGUUCGCCAGCAAUAUUGGUAGUGGUCAUUUCAUUGGUUUAGCUGGUUCAGGGGCAGUAUCUGGUAUUGGAAUAGCUGGAUUUGAGCUCAACGCUAUGUUUGUAAUGUUAAUAUUGGGCUGGCUCUUUGUUCCCGUCUACACUGCUGCUGGGGUGUACACUAUGCCAGAAUAUCUCAGGAAAAGAUUCGGAGGACAACGUAUAAGAAUUUAUUUGUCAACAUUAGCACUGUUACUCUAUGUCUUCACUAAGAUAUCAGCUGAUCUCUAUGCAGGUGCUAUCUUUAUUGAAGAAGCCUUGAAGUGGAAUCUCUACGUAGCCAUUAUUGUCUUGUUAGCUGUAGCAGCUAUCUUCACUGUAGCGGGUGGGCUGACUGCAGUUAUUUGGACAGACUUUGUACAGACUAUUAUCAUGAUAGCUGGAGCUUUUGCUUUAAUGGUUAUUAGUUUCGUGAAGGUUGGUGGCUAUCAAGAACUAGUCCACCAGUUCGCCACCAAAAUACCCAACGAGACAGUAAUUGGCUACAACUCGAAGAACGUCUCCUGUAGUGAAAUCCCAGGGAACUACAUGCAUUUAUUAAGAUCAGCCUAUGACCCCGAACUUCCGUGGACAGGAAUGGUCUUCGGAUUAACUAUUUCAGCCGUUUGGUAUUGGUGCUCUGACCAGGUUAUUGUUCAAAGAGUCUUGUCAGCUAAAAACGUAUCACAUGCCAAAAUGGGCUGUAUUGUUGCUGGUUAUCUGAAGUUUCUACCCAUGUUCUUACUUGUGUUUCCUGGAAUGGCCGCUAGAGUACUCUUUACAGAUCAGAUUGGCUGCUCAAGACCAGAAGCUUGUUACGCUGCUUGUAAAAAUAAAGGUGGAUGUUCAAAUAUUGCUUAUCCUCUCUUGGUGUUGGAAUUAAUGCCACCUGGCGCCAGAGGUCUGAUGUUAUCUGUGAUGCUGGCGGCUUUGAUGUCGUCACUCACGUCCAUCUUCAACAGUAGCUCUACCAUUUUCACCAUAGACAUCUGGACAAGAAUCAGGAAGCAAGCAAAAGAAAUGGAACUUUUAAUUGUUGGAAGGGUUUUUGUCCUAGUUCAAGUGGUGGUCAGCAUUUUGUGGAUUCCGAUCAUUCAGGCUGCUCACAGUAGCCAACUUUUCCAUUACAUCCAGAGCGUCACUGCAUAUUUAGCGCCACCUGUCUGUGCUGUUUACGUUUUGGCUGUUUUUUGGACCAGAACAAACGAGCGAGGAGCUUUUUAUGGUCUAAUGGUCGGACUAGUUGUUGGCUUGAUUCGAUUUACCUGGGAAUUUUCUUACACUGUUCCAUCCUGUGCCAGUGGUCAACCAGACCCUCGACCUUAUAUUCUGUCUAAAGUUCAUUAUUUACACUUUGGAUGUAUACUCUUCGUUAUAUCGUUUCUAGUUACCGUAACUGUCAGCCUUCUCACCCAACCAAUGGAUACGAAGCACCUAUAUAGGUUGACUUUCUGGACAAGAUUCAGCACCAAAAUCAGUGAAGACAUUGUAAACACAAAGACAGGAUCAGGGAACGAUGACGUGUCCAAUGUCAAUGAAGGGAUAGAAAACUGUGCUUUUAACAGGGACGACAUCGAAGGUUGUGAAAUGAAAACCACUAGGACUAAUUCUAAAGACCAAAGCGAAGAGAUUCCACUGUGGAAACGAUCAAUUUUCUUUAUCUGCGGUAUUAAUCAUAACCCUAACAGUCAAGACCACCAGGGGGCUCCUAUAGUACAGAGAAUGCAGGAAGUUAGUAUCUGGAAGAACUGGUGCAAUUUCAACGCUGUCUUGCUAGCGAUAUUUGGUAGCUUUGUGUGGGGAUUUUAUGCUUAAAACUCCCCUGGUGGCUAACAUCAACAAAAUUAUCAUCUAAAAUGAAUUUUUAAGCAGCAGGUUUACAGUAUAUACUGACAGUUUAUAUUCAGUAGCAUUGAAAAAAAACAACAUAUAAAUAUCUAGUCAUUAUUUCAGAGAUAAGCCACUUACUUUAAAUAAAUUUUAGAUUAUUUAAUGAGGACAUUUUAUUCCAACUGGUUUUAAUCAAAUGUUUAUUUCUGUCUAUAACCAUACAAUUAAGAAAGAUACAGGAAUGGGACUGAAAACAAACCAAAAACACUUUAAAACAUAAUUAUUAAAAUUACUUUAUACCGAUGUGAAACUGUCUUGCGAAUUAGUCUUAACUGCGUAUUAUAAGAAUACUGGUUGAAAAUAUUCAUAAUUUCUACAUAAAGUGUACUAAUUUAUUUAAAUGAAAAGUAUGAUUAAUUAAAUCUCUAAAUUACUCAACAUUUAAUAAAGAGAGGAUACUUUUUUCGUGUUAUACAUUCGUUUCUUGACUCAGUUUACGACAAACAGCUGAUUUACGUACUUUUAUUUAGAGCAACAUGUAAAUAUUAGACGCAAAAUAUAAUGCAGUGAUAUAGUGUAAAGGUGUCGACACUAGUCCAAAUAUGGCGUUUGAUGUUUUCAAAAUUAUUUCUUCUGGAAGAAAAGGUUUAUAAAUGUGUGAAAGGUGACGAAUUUUUUAUUAAAAUAAAGUUAAUUUUGUCUUUAGUUCCAAUAUUUCUAUUAAAAACAAAUACUGUAAAAUGUUUUAAACAUGACAGUUUGAGAAGAACGAAUGCAAACAAUGUACGAUAUUUCUGUACCUUAUACAAAUAAUCUUGCCACGUUUUACGUGUGAUAUAGCGGAUGAAUAAUAUUACACGUGUUGUUUAUCUGUUUACAUUAUAACUCUGAAUAGAUCAAGUUAUUUUUCUGUUUUUAACUGCUAGAGUACAAAUAUAUCUCGAAAUCAAAUGUAUGAAAAACGUAUGUUUUUUUUUAAAUAAAGUAUCGAUAUAUAUA